CUGAAUACCACCCAUUAUCAAAUAACUGGACCACUGGGUUGUUCAGAAGGACCUCAAGAAUUGUGACAAUCAAGUCAUCUGGAAUAUCCAACCACUGUUAUUUAGAGAGCUCCUACAGAAAUACCAUGUCUAAGAACCCAGAGUUCAUCAAUCUGUCAUAUUUAUUAGAUCAUGAGAAGGAAAAGAUCCUGGGAGUCCUAAAGAGAGAUGAAUAUUUGAAAAGAGUGGAAGAGAGGAGAAUAAGGAAGCUGAAAACUGACCUCCUAGAAGCAAAACGGAGAAGUGGGAAGAUUCAUCAGGAGAACAGCCGAGUCUGUGUACACUGUGAGAGAAGAUUGGGGUUCAUAUUUGACCGGGGCGAACUAUGCCAUAUCUGCUUACUAAGAGUGUGCAGCACGUGCCGGGUCCCCUGCCGUGAUGGCAAGUGGAAGUGCCCUGUCUGUGCCAAAGUCGCACAACUAAAGGUUAUUACUGGUGAAUGGUUUUUUGAAGAAAAGGCAAAGCGUUUCAAGCAAGUCAACACUCCUGGCACUGAUGUUGUCCGACAUUCCAUCUUAAGAAGAAACCCAGGAGCGGAAGGAAUACAGAACGAAGAAAAAACCUUCCAGGAUCCUGAAAAAUCAGACAUGCCACCUUCCGAUCGGCCCAAGAGAAAAGGGUUUCUUUUCAGUAAGUUCAGAUCAGUUACCAAAGGAGAAAUUAUAACUCCCAGAACUGAAAGUGCCCGGAGCUACAGCCUGGACUUAGACAGCCAACAUUUUCGGAGUUUAAAGUCAGUCUCUGGUUCAGACAGGGGAAGCACUGGUUCUUCAGAUCUCAAUGACCAGGAAGUUGGUCCUGGGGCUGCAAAGAGCUUCUGGAGCAGUGCAAUAGCUUCAGUCAUUAAGAGAUCGCCAGCCCCAAGCACACGCAGUGUGACCUCAGGCAGCAGUAGAGAUCACGGGUUUGAAACCUCAAUGGAUUUGACUACCGUUGAAAGCACUUCUGAGAACUUCAGAAAGGGUCAUCGUAGAAAUGAUUCUGGCACACCAUCCAUAGCAAUAUCCAAGGUCUCCAUCUCCUCAGACCAGAGUCGAUCUGAGCUCGAUUUGAGUGGGUCGUUUACAGAAGACUUUGAGGAUAUUGUCAGCUUAAAAAGCAAGUCUGUCCCUAGAACCAUAGACAAAGACUUGGUUUCCAUGAGAAUGACUGAACAAGGUAUUCAAAACUUAGUGUCUUCCCGGCUUUCUCCCAACACCUACAGUCUAGCAAGUGGCCUGUCAACCAAUUCUCAAGCAGGCUCUUACAGGAAAUGGAGCUACCUAAAUGUGCCCGAUGGUGACUCAGACACUACCAGCCUUAAUAGCAUGAUUAGUGUUUACAGUGAAACAGGAGACUACGGGAAUGUGAAGGUCAGCGGCGAGAUCCUUCUGCGUAUUAGCUACUGCUACAAAACUGGAGGACUGUACAUUUUGGUCAAGCAUUGCAGAAAUCUAGCCAUAGGAGAUGAAAAGAGACAGAGGACAGAUGCUUAUGUGAAGUCAUAUCUCCUUCCUGGGAAGUCCAGAAACAAUAAACGCAAGACCAAAAUCAGAACAGGCACCAACCCAGAAUUUAAUGAAACACUAAAGUACACUAUCAGCCACACCCAGCUGGAAACUAGAAUUCUGCAGCUUUCAGUCUGGCACUAUGAUCGAUUCGGACAUAAUAGCUUCCUUGGAGAGGUGGAGAUUCAUUUUGACUCAUGGAACUUUGAAAACACAAGUGACAUGUGGUUUGAGCUUCAGCCCAAGGUGGAGUUAGUUGCUGAUACCCAUCAUCAGUACAAAGGAGAACUGACAGUUACUUUACGUUACAUUCCCUCAAGAGCAAACCUAAUGCUUCCACUGGAACCACUUCAAGUGAAGAAGACUUUUACAAGAGGGAAGAAAGAAUCACCUAUACUUUCUGGAGGAGUGCUUGAAGUGUUCAUCAAAGAGGCAAAAAAUUUGACUGCGGCAAAGUCAGGAGGAACCUCUGAUAGCUUUGUGAAGGGUUACCUGCUCCCUGAUGAUAACAAAGCCACCAAGCACAAAACUACAGUAAUAAAAAACAGUGUUAACCCUCAAUGGAAUCAUACUUUCAUGUUCAGUGACCUGAAACCACAGGAUAUAAAUAAUGUCUGCCUAGAACUUACUGUCUGGGACAAAGAGGCCUUUUCCAGCAACAUCUUUCUUGGAGGAGUUCGUUUGAAUUCUGGAAGCGGUGUGAGCUAUGGGAAGAGUGUUGACUGGAUGGACUCUCAGGGAGAAGAGCAACGCCUUUGGCAGAAGAUGGCUGAAAAUCCCGGGACGCCCGUAGAGGGCGUACUUAUGCUCCGUGCCAGCAUGGGGAAGGUUAUGAGGGCACCAGCCUUCCAUGAAUGAAGUUUCCAGAGACUGUCUGGCUACCAAUAUCUGACUUGAGACUGGAAUUUUCUUUCUGUGCCAUUUCUCAAAUGAGGUUGUUAGGAUGAAAGGAGAGAGAUGUCAGUGUUAUGAAUUGUUAGAAUCUUGCCAAGUGUAUAAAAAGUUAUGUACCUCA